AUGGAUAAUACCUACUUGUCUAACUCUGAAGCAUCACAGACUGGCAAAGAUGGCAAAUUCAAGCCUUGUUACCCAGUUCCAUUACUUGCUGGAAGAUACAAAUUUAUUCAAGUUAUUGGUGAAGGGGAAUCAUCACUCUUGAUUUCAGCAGAGGAGGCAGAUUGCAUUCAACAGCUCAACAAGGCUGAUCCUCUCCAUGUUUCCAGAACUGUCCAGUUGUUUAAUGUUUUCAGUUUUGAGGGCCAUUACUGCUUGGUUUUUGAGCUGUUGAGACCUCAGCCACUCCAUCAAUACUUUCAGAAAUGUCAGUUUGAUAACGAGGAUGACAAACUGAAAGUCAUCAGGAAAAUAACUUUUCAACUCUUACAAGCUCUUGGAUUCCUAAGGAGACAGAAUGUCAUCCAUGCUGACUUGAAACCAGAGAACAUUCUUUUUGAAGAAGGUGACGAAACCAAGAUAAAAGUUGUUGACUUUGGAAAUGCAAUUCACUGGGUUCAUAGAGAGGUUUCCUUGUAUUAUGAUGAGUUUGAACUACAAACUUUACUUUACAGAGCUCCUGAGGUGAUGUUUGGUGUUCCCUUUGGCCCUGAGAUUGACAUUUGGUCUUUGGGAUGCAUUGUAGCUGAGUUGUAUAUAGGCAAACCUUUAUUUCUGGGAGGAAAUAGGACUAAAGUGUUGCAAGAGGUAACCAGUAUUCUUGGUCCCAUACCUUGGAGUCCAUUCCAUACUGGAAAAUUUUUUGAAGAUUUGUCACAGUUUAUAGGUCACCACAACUCAGAGGACAAUCACCUGAAAUGUGUGAGUAAUGUGAUGCUAAAACUCCAUAAUUCAAGAAAUUUCUCUUUUGCACGUUUCUUAGUUGGCUUGCUGAAGUAUAAACCAGGUGAAAGACUUACACCUUAUCAAGCUGCUGCGCAUCCAUUUUUGGCGCCAGAGUGUUCCUUUGCAAAUUUAUUGCCUCAACAAGGAGAUAAGAAAACAGAUGCUGGAAGCUGCGCAGACAUUUCGUUUCCUACUGAGUAUAACUUCAAACCAUACGUUGACGAGGAAGUUAAAAGGCAGCAUUUUUCUGGAACUGAACUCUUAAAGAAGGGAACUACUGUAACUGCUUCUUCACCAAAACACUUUCAGAGCAAACAGGAGAAUGCAACAUCUCUGAGGACUGGAAAUUUACAUUGUUCUCAAAGAGAAAAGGUGACAAUUAAUGAGAAAUCUCGUCGGGAAGACCAGUUGCUUCUAGAAAAUUUCAGUUAUGCCAUGGAAGGUCCUCUUGCCACAGGAUACCCUAAAUCAACUCACCAACAGAACGAGACGUGUGCCGUUUUUAAAGGAAAUACAUGCACUGAUGAUAAACAAGUCUCGGACAGGCUCAUGUCUACUCUCCUAACUCCGACAAAUCUUUCUUUGGGAAAAAUUUCAGAAAAAAAAGAAAGGUGUAAUGAGAAGGAUUAUUUGCCAGCAGAAACUAAUAUUACUUGUCCUAAUAAUGAGUUCGAAAGACCUUCGGCGAGAUUCGUGUACAACAAAAGCUCCUGUUUUAAGCGCAAAAGUGAUGUCUUUAAAGACACUCAUGUAGAAGACGGAAGCCUCCAAAAGUCUCACGAACUUUCUUUAUUUGGGGUUAAGAACUUUGGAAGCACAAACUUACUUGAGCAUCACAACAGAUUUAAUAUUGCUGGAAAACUAGGAUUUGAUGUGGGCAAUUCUUCCUCAGGUGGAGAAACAAAUGCUGCCGCAAGAACUCGUGUCUAUCAUAGGAAAACAAAAUCUACCAAAGUAGAGAUUGGGUAUACUAAACAUGACGGUGUCGCUGCAGUCCAAAUGGAGGUACUUGUAAAUGAAUCUCCUUGUUGGGCGGCAAAAGCAAUUGUAACAGAUGUGAAUCUUCAAGCGAAGUUUAGAGUGGGAAAGGAAUCAGAAGAACAAGCAAACAAGGACUCUGGAAAAGCCGCAUUCUCUGGAGCAUAUCAGAAUGAUGAGGUGAUGUUACUUGGCGAGGAUGGACAAAGCAGUUUCUGAUAUUUUUAGCUUUGUAUUUUGAUACCUGUGAGAGUACAAAAAUGUAGUAAAAGAUUUUUUAAGUAGA